AUGAUGACUUGCAUCAUCCUUCAUAAUAUGAUUGUGGAGGAUGAGUAUGAUUACGAUACUGCAGAGGUCUACGAACUGGAUCCCAUGAAUACGGCCUUGACACAAAUUUUUGAAAGGCCCAUGGGGCCAAGUGGAGAACCAUUGGUGCAUGAACCGUUGGUUAGGGACGACAGUUUCAUGACCCGUGUAAUUGAUCGAUAUACGGAGAUGCAAUCGUCUUAUAUUCAUGAACGACGUCAAGUUGACUUGAUGGAGCAUUUAUGGGCGGUGAAAGGCAAUGACGGUGAAUGA